AUGAUAGAUUGGGAGCUUAUCCGAUAUGCUACUAAUACGGAUAAUAAGCCUACUCCUGGUUAUGCCUUCAAUGAUCUCAUUACCAACAUCAGAGGGAAUCCCCAAGGGGUCCCUGAUGUGGCUGCCUACUUGGCUCAGUGUGUUGCUGGUGAUCACGCUCAUGUAAAACUGAAGGCGUUAUUGUGCAUGAAACACUUGGCCAAUAGAGUACCCCCAUUCCGCAUACAGCUGCGAUCCUAUGCUGCUGUGAUAGAGCAGGCUACCCAAUUCACUGGGCCUCCUAGUCCCACCUAUGGCGAUGAACCCUAUCGUCUAGUUAGGGAUACUGCUACCGCUGUAUGGGACAUAACCUUCAAUCAGGGCGAUGAUAUCGAUAAUGCCACACAGUCCUUACAAGAGAGGAUUCAAGGCUUCGGGUCAGCCCCAACUGGUAACACCAACAGCCCAUCAGUAGCCAGUACAGCCCUGCAGGGUGCAGCAGAUUACGUCAGUGAUGCUAUCUAUUUCAUCAUGUAUACCUUAGUUGUGAAGAUUGAGAAGCAAGCCUGCCAGAUCCUUUACUGGGAUAAUGAUGAGAAGGUAUUCUUCGUCCAAGAUGAUCAGUUCAAUCAACAAGAGCUCCCUCAAAGAUACGUCAAGGAGGCAAGCAAACUCUUAAAGAAUGGUGAUCAAGUUACACUGUGGCUCGAUGACGAUGAGAUCGUCAAGAGUUUUUCUCCGACAGCCAAGGUAGAGAAGAAAGCAGCUGGGAUAGUGAAGAGCAUCCUGUCUAAUCUUGAAGAAUUCGAGCCUCGGAAAUUCUGCCGUCAUAUCGUGUUUCGUGAGGAUUAUGGAAAAGACGAUACUUUAGUGUUGCCGGAUAUCCCUGUGGAUGAACGAGUGAAGGCUCGAGCCUUCGGCAGUGAUGGCUGUUCCUGUGAAGCACGAAUUGUAGCUGGUGCUGAAUCUAAGGAGCCUGCUAAUGGGGCCAGUGGUAGCAGCUUGUUUUUGGAAGUGUAUGACAAUAACCAGCAGCAGCUGGUUAGGAGGCGACUACCAGACGAUGUUGUAGAGGUUCGCAAUGGUGGUCCCUUUGGUGAGCUUAUUGUAUAUGGUACCUCAUAUGUUCUCAUUCCUGGGGAACGUCGUCCUCCCAAGUAUCCAAAGACUUGGUGGAGCACCAAGGCAUCACCCCUAAAUGGAGUUGAUGGGGAUGCAGGCCACGUUGACAAGAAUGCUCCUCAGCUUACGCCCCUAUCGCGAUUUCGAUAUAAGCCCAACUUUGGAGAGAAGUUGACUAAUAUCAAAGAGCCCUGCAUCUACAUAUACUCUAUUGAAGAUGACGUGUUCAUUGACGUUAACCAUCAGCUUGGAUCCCAGUUUAUGGAGAAUAAGACCCUUGGGUAUCUCUAUAGUCUCACUGUCAUUGGUAACUAA